AUGACAAUUGCACCUACACCAUCCAGUGCAACAUCAACCAGCACAUUUGAUUCUAGUGCAAAAUUAACUACUACACUUAGAUUUAGUUCAACACCAAGUCAGCAAAAAAUUAAGCCGGUAAACGAUGCUAUUCAUGUCGUAGAGAACUUCGGGAUACAUGAGGAACCUCCUCAAUUCGAAGAAUCAAAGCUGUGGUGGAUGAACGUGCUCUCUAGUGGAAAUCCUGACUUCGAUACCUACGAAGAUUGA